AUGUUGCAACUCAUCUUUGCAUUCGCUGCCGUUGCGGCUGGCGCAAGGGUCUACCGCAGACAAGAAGAUUGCUCCUCCACCACAACGGUUGAGCCAAUCUCGAUCUAUAUCCUCCCUCAACAACUUGCACCUACAGGGACCAACAACGAUCCCUUCACCGCAGUCUACACAACAGUCUACCCUACCUUCUGCCCAGAGUGCUCCCAGGGUCUGAGGCCAGAGACUUACACCAUCACCCAGACCUGCACCGGCAUCACAGGAUGCCAGCCAUCAGGCAGUGUCCUUCCUCCGGGCUUCACUACAACCCAAGCCACCUGCACCGACUGCCCAACACCCUUCAGUGCCGUCCUCACUGUUCCUCAGGCGACUGAUGCCGUCGUCACUUCAACCUUCCUCGAGACCGUCACCGAGGCUGGCUUGACCACGACGCGCACCAUCGUCCAGACCUGCGCGAGCGAGCCUUGCUUGGCGCAAAUCACCAAUGUCCCAGGACGUGUCUCUACUUUCGAUGGGGGCCUCUUCGCCGAGCCGGUUACACAAACAGCCACAGUGUCGGUCUCAGUCACCGUAACCGACAAGUCAACUGCAACCGUCACUGCCGAUGCUGAUCCAUCCUUCCGUCCUGGCAACUUCAACAGCGGUGCCGGACACGUCGUCUCUUCAGACAAGUCUCUUGUUCUUUGCGUCAGCGCAUUUGUUCUUUUGAUGAUCAUGUCUUCAUGA